AUGACCUCUAUAGUGUUUGGCGACCAGAAUCAGGGGUUACAGGUGGGUGCCAGCCACGGGCCCAUAUACUAUACGUCUGAGCAACCGGAGCCCCGCCCUGAGCCACUGUCGACCGUGCCAUUCCCGCAUGAUCCAGAUUUUGUCAGCCGCGAGGAACUCGAUCAAAUCCACGAAAAAUGCUCGAUCCCGGGGUCUAGAAUAGUUCUCGUUGGCCUAGGGGGUGUUGGAAAAUCUCGACUCGCUAUCGAAUACUGCCAUAGAGUCCGGCAGCAAUCGCCUGACACUUGGGUUUUCUGGGUUCACGCGAGUAAUGCCGCGCGCUGCGAGGAAAGUCUCCGUAACCUUGCCGACCGUACUAAGAUUCCCGGGCGCCAGGAUCGCAACUCUAAUAUUUUCCAACUCUUCGGGAACUGGUUACAAGAUGGGGAGAUCGGAAAUUGGAUUCUUGUCCUUGAUAAUGUCGAUGAUGAUGAGCUCCUUCGCAAACCAUUAUCUACUCAGAUGGAGGCCCAAGCAAACACGAGGCAUGCUCCCACGCAGCCACCGCUAAGAUACCUUUUGGGAUGCUCAAAUGGUUCCACCAUCAUAACAAGCCGGAAUAGAGGGGUAGCGUUAGAGCUCGCCGGCCAUAAGAAACAUCUGAUCGAUGUACAACCUAUGAACACAGCUGAGGCGCUAGUUCUAUUGCGGAAGAAGCUAGAUGAUUGUACAGAGAGAGAGGAAUUGGUUCGGCUAGUCAAGGAACUUGAGUUCAUGCCUCUUGCGAUUGUGCAAGCGGCUAGCUACAUCAACCACCGUUCACCGCGUUGCUCGGCAUCGCAAUACCUAGAAAAGCUUCGGCGAAGUGAGCGACAAGCCGCAAAUCUUCUUAACCAAGAGGGUUAUAACGCGGACCGAGACUGGGAAGCAAAGAACUCGAUUCUACUAACAUGGCAAAUAUCGUUCGACCAUAUCCGACGGAUCAGGCAAUCUGCGGCUGACUUACUAUCUCUCAUGAGCUUUUUCGACUGGCAGGGAAUCCCAGAGGAUCUUCUCCGGGUACAAGACAUAGACAGAAACUGUGGAACUUUAGGUUCUCCGCAAGAUAUUAGAGAUAUGUCAAGCGAUGAGGAUACGGAUUACUCGUCUGAACCCGACGUAGAUGACGAUUUUGAGAGCGAUAUUGCGAUUCUCAGAGACUAUUCCUUUAUUACUUCAGGUGGAGAUAUCAUGAUGUUCACGAUGCAUCGGCUUGUGCAGCUAACAGUACGCACAUGGUUAAGAACCUAUGGCCAGGAGGAGGAGUGGAAGGAAUGUUUCAUUAAGAACCUAUAUGGUGAAUUCCCGACCGGUCAAUAUGAAAAUUGGGGGAGAUGCCGGUCACUGUUUCCGCAUGUUAGGUCAGCUAUGUUACAUCAACCGAAAUCGCAAGACUCACUCCGGAACUGGGCCGCGCUACUCUAUAAAGGGGCGUGGUAUGCGACAGAAUGUGGCAGUAUUUCGGUUGCAGAGGAUAUGGCGGCAAUGUCAAGGAAGCAAAGAAUGAAGAUUUGCGGCGCCGAAGAUGAAGACACCCUUCAUAGCACUGCGAUGUUAGGAGUAGCCUAUCGACUACAGGGGCGGUGGGAAGAGGCGGAGCAGCUCGAGCUACAGGUCAUGGAGACGAGUAAGACGAAACUCGGCGAGGACCAUCCCGACACGCUGACCAGCAUGGCCAACCUGGCGUCGACGUUAUGGAACCAGGGUCGAUGGGAAGAGGCGGAGCAGCUCUUUAUACAGGUCAUGGAGACGAGUAAGACGAAACUCGGCGCGGCCCAUCCCGACAUGCUGACCAGCAUGGCCAACCUAGCGUCGACGUUAUGGAACCAGGGUCGAUGGGAAGAGGCGGAGCAGCUCGAGCUACAGGUCAUGGAGACGAGUAGGACGAAACUCGGCGCGGACCAUCCCGACACGCUGACCAGCAUGGCCAACCUAGCGUCGACGUAUAGGAACCAGGGCCGAUGGGAAGAGGCGGAGGAGCUCGAGCUAGAGGUCAUGGAGACGAGUAGGACGAAACUCGGCGCGGACCAUCCCGACACGCUGACCAGCAUGGCCAACCUAGCGUCGACGUAUAGGAACCAGGGCCGAUGGGAAGAGGCGGAGGAGCUCGAGCUAGAGGUCAUGGAGACGAGUAGGACGAAACUCGGCGCGGACCAUCCCGACACGCUGACCAGCAUGGCCAACCUAGCGUCGACGUUAUGGAACCAGGGUCGAUGGGACGAGGCCGAGCAGCUCUUUAUACAGGUCAUAGAGACUCGUAAGAUGAAACUUGGCGCGGACCAUCCCUCCACGCUGAUAAGCAUGGCCAACCUAGCGUCGACGUUAUGGAACCAGGGUCGAUGGGACGAGGCCGAGCAGGUCUUUAUACAGGUCAUAGAGACUCGUAAGAUGAAACUUGGCGCGGACCAUCCCUCCACGCUGAUAAGCAUGGCCAACCUAGCGUCGACGUAUAGGAACCAGGGUCGAUGGGAAGAGGCGGAGGAGCUCGAGCUACAGGUCAUGGAGACGAGUAAGACGAAACUCGGCGCGGAUCAUCCUAACACGCUGACCAGCAUGGCCAACCUGGCGUCGACGUAUAGGAACCAGGGCCGAUGGGAAGAGGCGGAGCAACUCUUUAUACAGGUCAUAGAGACUCGUAAGACGAAACUCGGCGCGGACCAUCCCUCCACGCUGACAAGCAUGGCCAACCUAGCGUCGACAUAUAGGAACCAGGGCCGAUGGGAAGAGGCGGAGGAGCUCGAGCUACAGGUCAUGGAAACGAGUAAGACGAAACUCGGCGCGGACCAUCCCGACACACUGACCAGCAUGGCCAACCUGGCGUCGACGUUAUGGAACCAGGGUCGAUGGGAAGAGGCGGAGCAGGUCUUUAUACAGGUCAUGGAGACGAGUCGGAUGAAACUCGGCGCGGACCAUCCCUCCACGCUGACAAGCAUGACCAACCUAGCUUUCACGUGGGAAUCUACAGGCCAGCAUGCCAAAGCAGUUGAUUUGCUUCAAACCUGCGUAGUCAAGCAACAACGAGUUUUAGGCCCAUCCCAUCCUCAUACUGUGUCGAAUGACAAUACGCUGCUGGAAUGGAAAACUGCGCAUCUUACUAUGAAGGCGUGA